AUGGGUUUUUCCAAAAAUCAAUUCAUGGUCAUCAUUAAACGUUUAAUUCUAGAGUUCUUUUCAUUGAAUUCAAAUUCAACCGUAAGCACUGCAGGAUUCAAUGCCAGCUCCCCAUUACCGGGCUCUCUGGAUUACUCGUCCUGUGUUGCUGUCAACGCAAAGUUCAUCACAUGGUCAGUAUCUCUCCAGAAGCUCAGCCUGGUAGAUCCCACUGUUAAUGCACUGGCGAUUGUGAUCCUGUCCCUGGGGAAAUGUGGGCUUUCCAGGUGCACGACUCAUUACCUCGUGGCCAUGGCAACAGCAGAUCUGAUGGUCAUCAUCACUGAUGUUAUAUUGUAUCAGCUGAAUAAUUACUUUUACCAGGGAUCCUUCCUGCAGCGCACAUUUGCCUGCAUUAUGAUCAAUUUCCUGCUUUUCCUGAGCUCUGACUCCUCUGUCUGGUUCACCGUUGCUUUUUCUGCUGAUCGGUUUGUGGCCAUUUGUUGCCAGAACCUGAAGCUGAGAUAUUGCACUGUGAAAACAGCUGCUGUGAUUCUAUCAACAACCUCCACUCUGUUCUUUGUAAAAAAUGUUCCUAUUUUCAUUACACGGGAGCCUAAGAUUGUGGUUGACAAUGUUCAGUGGUCUUGUCAAAUGAAGCCCAGCUAUUUUACUGAACCCAGGUGGAUGGUUUAUGACUGGCUUGAUAAGGUGUUAACACCAUUACUCCCAUUUGUUUUAGUGUUGCUCUUCAAUGCUCUGACAGUCCGAUACGUUUUAGUGGCUAAUCGGAUCCGUAAAGGAUUGAGGGGUCAGAACAAGGAAGAGAAGCGCAGUGACCCUGAGAUGGACAGCAGAAGAAAGUCAAUGAUUUUACUGUUCACCAUAUCUAGUAGCUUCAUACUUCUGUGGUCACCCUAUGUAAUCAAUUUCUUAUAUUAUCGAAUUGCAGCAAUUGAUCCCAGAUCUUACAACGACAGUUGGCAC